GAGAGUCUCACUUUUCCUGCCCAUUUAAGCUCUCAAGCUCGGGACAUUUUGUCCGGACUUCUUACCAAAGACCCAAACACUCGUCUCGGUGGUGGCCCUAGAGAUGCUCUUGAUGUGAUGGCUCAUCAGUUCUUUGAUUGCAUUGAUUGGGACGCGCUCGUACGGAAAUCAGUGAUUCCCAAACUGUGCGCCGCGGCGCCUCGGGGAGACGCAGCCUCUUUACAGGGGCGCCGCGAAAUAUAG